AUGGCGUCUCCUCCUCCUCGCGGCAUUUCGAUUUCCUUCUUCCUCCUCUCUUUGUUCUCCCUCUUAAUCAAUCCCGCAAUCUCCGCUCGCAACUCCAUCAUCAAGCUUCCGGGAAGCGACGGAUCUCGCUCCGCCGCCGCAGAUACCUACUGCCAGAGCUGGAGAUUGGCCGUAGAGACCAACAACGUCGGAACCUGGGAUGUGAUUCCGUCUAUUUGCGUGGAUUCCGUCGCCGGUUAUCUCAACGGAGACCAGUACGGAUCCGAUUACGAUAUCAUCGCUGAUUAUGCGCUCGCCUUCGCGAAAACUGUUCAGAUUUCCGGCGACGGCAAGGACGUGUGGAUCUUCGACAUCGACGAGACGCUCCUCACGAAUAUCGACUACUACAAGGCUCAUGGUUACGGAGGUCCAGACGAUCAAGGGAAAUCAGCUACGAACUACAAAUCGGAGCAGCGAUCAAAACUGAUCGAAGAAGGCUUCAAAAUCCGCGGCAAUACCGGCGAUCAAUGGAGCGACCUUCUAGGUUUUGCGGUGGCUGAUCGUUCUUUCAAAGUUCCGAAUCCGAUGUACUACAUUCCUUGA